CACUCAUCUCUGCGCUGUCCUUCCUCCAUUUCUCUCGCGCUUCACUCCCUCACUUUCCAACUCCCUCUCUCUGUCUCUAGGGUUUCCUUCCAGAUCCUCUCUUUCCACAUUUGCGGAGAUGUCGAAGGCUGGAGCUUUGGAUCUCGCAUCUGGUGUCGGCGGGAAGAUUCAGAAAGAUGAAGUGCUUUCCGCUGUUGAAAAGUAUGAGAAGUAUCAUGUCUGUUAUGGUGGUGAAGAAGAAGAGAGGAAAGCUAAUUACAGUGACAUGGUUAAUAAAUAUUAUGAUCUUGUUACCAGCUUCUAUGAAUUUGGAUGGGGAGAGUCUUUCCAUUUUGCACCCAGAUGGAAAGGGGAGUCUCUCCGAGAGAGCAUCAGGCGACAUGAGCACUUCCUUGCUUUGCAACUAGGUGUGAAGCCUGGACAGAAGGUGUUGGAUGUAGGAUGUGGAAUUGGUGGACCACUAAGAGAAAUUGCUCGAUUUAGCUCAACAUCGGUUACGGGGUUGAAUAACAAUGAAUAUCAGAUAACAAGAGGAAGGGAACUGAACCGCAUUGCUGGAGUGGACAAAACCUGUGACUUUGUGAAGGCUGACUUCAUGAAAAUGCCAUUUUCUGAUAAUACUUUUGAUGCGGUAUAUGCGAUUGAAGCAACCUGUCAUGCUCCUGAUGCGCUUGGAUGCUAUAAAGAGAUCUACAGAGUAUUGAGGCCUGGCCAGUGUUUUGCUGCAUAUGAAUGGUGCAUGACUGAUGCCUUUGAUCCCAAUAACCAAGAACACCAAAAAAUCAAGGCAGAAAUAGAAAUUGGUGAUGGCCUUCCAGACAUCAGAUUGACUAGACAAUGCCUUGAAGCCCUAAAACAAGCAGGUUUUGAGGUUAUUUGGGAGAAAGACCUAGCUAUGGGCUCACCUCUUCCUUGGUACUUGCCUUUAGAUAAAAGUCACUUCUCAUUAAGUAGCUUCCGUCUAACAGCUGUUGGACGUUUCAUUACUAAAAACAUGGUCAAGGCUCUAGAAUUUGUGGGACUUGCUCCAAAGGGAAGUCAAAGAGUUCAAGCUUUUCUAGAGAAAGCUGCAGAAGGGCUAGUUGAUGGUGGAAAGAAAGAGAUCUUCACACCCAUGUAUUUCUUCUUGGCUCGAAAACCAAACUCAGAUGGUCAGUUAUGUGGCAGUUGGACCCAAUAACCCGCUGUAGGUAUCAAAUCAAAAACUCUCUUAGAACUGGGAGUUGACCGGCCUAGGCUGACUUUUGGUGUGUGAUUGCUUGUCUUCUUUCGGUUUCCUGCAAGUUUAUUUGGCUCUCACCAUAUUUUUUUGAUAGACCUUAUUUGGCUUUCACCAUAUUUUUUUUUUGAUAGACCUUAUUUGGCUCUCACCAUAUGUUAUCAGCUUCGUCUCCCAUUACAAUUUCUUCACAUAUCCGAUGAAUGAAUUUUUCUAUAACUUGCUUCA